AUGAUUCGAAAGGUAUGGUUACUCUGCUUUGCUGGAGUAGUCUACAUUGCCUUUACAAUCUCAGUAUUUCUAUGCGCAGAUAACUGGAAAUUCGGCUUUAUUUGCCUUAUUUCUGGAGUUUAUGGAUAUUGCUGCCACUUUGGUCAGCUCAAUUUUGCAAAAGGAUUUGAAGACUUAACUAUUGAUUUCGAAUUUCAAACGUUUAGAGACAUUCUUGUUAUGCUUUUUGUCGGAUCUGCCUGUUGUUGGAUUGUAAAUGCAAUUCCUGGUUUACAUCCAUUGUUCAACUACACGCCAAACGCAGAAUUUCACAGAACAAAAGAGCCAAUUGGCAUUUGCUUGGUUAUUGCAUCUUUUACAUUUGGCAUUGGAAUGCAACUUGGAUCAGGAUGCGCAUCUGGAACUUUCUUAGGUAUUGGAAAGGGUUUACUAAAGGCAUGGGUUGUAUUUCCAUUCUUUGUUAUGGGUUCUACCUUUGCAGCAUCAACUCCAAUGUAUGAAUGGUGGAGUAACUUACCAAAAUUCCAUGAACCAACAGUUAUUGGCUACGGAUAUACCCUUCUGAUUCUCGGAGUUACAUGGAUACUUACUUUUAUUCCAGAUUACAUUAGAAAACGAAAUAGAGAGAAAAUUCUUGAAAGUCCUAUCGGCAUAACCCCAUUAAUUACCAUCAAUGAAUCACAAGAUACCCUAUCCCAUGUAGAAUCAGAGUGGGAUGAACCUCCAAAAGCUUGGUAUUUUUAUGAGAUCUACGCAGUCAUUUGUGGAAUCUGCCUUGCAUUGUUUUACCUAUGUACGGGUUCAAUGAUUGGCAUUACAAUCAUUUUCUCACAGAUUGGUGGCUCAAUUUUGAAAUUAUGUGGAGUUCAUGUAGAAAAUUGGCCAUUUUAUAAGGAUUACCCACUACCUAACAACUUCUAUAACCAUCCAAUCUUCGUAUCCGAUAUAUAUCUUACUAUUUCAGCCUUUGUUGCCGCACAAAUUAAAGGUGACUUCGGAAGACACCAAAAGAAAGGUUGGAUUGAAUAUGUGAAGGCUGUAUUCGGUGGCUUCCUCAUGGGAAUAGGUGAACGCAUGACAAAAGGCUGUAAUAUUGGUGCUUUGACAUCAGGAGUUACUUCUUCUUCUGUUCAUGGAUUUAUAUGGCUUUUGUUUGCACUUUUUGGAAGUGGACUUACUUGCCACAUUACUCGUUUCAUUAGAAAGAGAUUCUGCUAA